AUGCGGUCCUCUUGGAUCUUUCUGAAUGCCCUGGUGCUUGGCACUGCUAGGGGACUAUCAUUGCCAUUCUCACUGGGAUAUCCAUUCUGCUUCUCCACCACCACUUUGACCCUCUCUGGUGACUAUACAAUCACGUCUACACAGACAGUUACCUCGGCCAGCAGCAUUGUCACUGUAACAGGGCUCCCCUCUGUGACCGUUGAAACAAUUACCACAACUCGCUAUAUUCCAACUGCCAUUGCAUGCCUGCAAACUGGAACCACCAUCAAGCCAUAUCGCAGCAUCGGGCUAUUCGGAAAGCGAGAGCCAGCCCCAACUGCGGCAGAGGUUUCCGUGGACUCAGUGUGCUCGCCCACUGUGACGAUCAUCAUUCCCACAAUUUCAAGCCUGCCAUGCACUGAGCUAGCGUUCGAGUCCUUCGAAGUAAUCACUGAUACAAAGAUAGUCACCACUACGGCACAUUCAACCACAACCAUCCACCCGACAGUUACAAGCACAGUAACAGAGGAAUGGAUUCUUCCAACCCCAAGCUCUUACAAGGGUGUAAACUACUACCAAUACCUCAACGACUACUUCUACCCUGACGGAGACCUAGGCUGCGCAGACUGUGGAUACGGAGGAGGUGGGUUCGAGACCAGUGACUGGAACAGCAAUUACAGCUACUACACAAACGGAACAACUCAAGACAUCAACUUCGAGUCCGAGGAUUACCCUUCAUACUCAACAAUCCUCUGUCAAUUACCAGGACAAGCUUCGGCAACAGACUGCGGACAAUGGACCGUUGUCUUCCAGGGUUUCCUUCACGCAACCCAGACAGGGAACUACACACUGGCCCCAACACUAGGCGAGGAUAAUGCUCUUUUCUUCUGGCUGAGGGAAAAGGCUUAUUCAAGCUAUGCGAAUAAUAAUACCGAUGGCGGUGUCUCGUAUACCCAGCCUGAAGGUCUUCCUCAUUCUUAUGCUGUUUCCAUGGUGGCUGGGGAGUUUUUGCCUGUUACCUUCAUUUAUGCCAAUGGAUAUGGUCCUGCGUUGAAUGAGUUGACUAUCACCAGUCCUAAUGGGACUACUUAUCCUGACGAUUUGGAUUUCUUUGUUCCUCCUUGCCCGAACAGUCCGUUCGUUCCUUGA